AUGGCCCCCCGGCGGCCCCCGGAGCUCUACCGGGCGCCCUUCCCGCUCUACGCCCUGCGCGUGCACCGCGGGGCCCGCCUGGCGCUCAUCGCGGGCGGCGGAGGCGCGGCCAAGACGGGCAUCAAGAACGGCCUGGUGAGGGCACGGGGGGGCACGAAGGGGUUAAUCUUCUGAGCAAUGGCUGACCUGCCCCCCCCCCUUGGCACCCUCGAGUGCCCCCUUGGCACCGUGGGCGAGGGGGAGGAGGGCCUGGGGAAGAGGGGGAGCCCUGUCCUGGGGGGAGGCGCGAAGGGGUUAAUCUUCUUAGCAAUGCCUGACCUGCCCCCCCUCUCCUUGGCACCCUCGAGUGCCCCCUUGGCACGGCGGGCAAGGGGGAGGAGGGCCUGGGGAAGAGGGGGAGCCCUGUCCUGGGGGGAGGUGCAAAGGGGUUAAUCUUCUGAGCAAUGGCUGACCUCCCCCCCUCUCCUUGGCACUCUUGGGUGCCCCCUUGGCCCGAGGGGGAGGAGGGACUGGAAGCGCCCCCAGGGCAGGGGGAAAGAGGGGGAGCCCUGUCCCAGGGGGGGGGGAUGCACGAAGGGGUUAAUCUUCUGAGCAAUGGCUGACCUGCCCCCCUCUCCUUGGCCCGAGGGGGAGGAGGGCCUGGAAGACCCCCCAGGGCAAGGGGAAGAGGGGAGCCCUGUCCCGGGGGGGGGGGGGGUGCACGAAGGGGUUAAUCUUCUUGGCAAUGGCUGACCUGCCCCCCUCUCUUUUCUCUCCCCCCCCCCCAAGCAUUUCCUGCAGCUGGACUGGCGAGGGGGGGAGCUGUGCGCCUCGCUGCUCCAUGCCCACGACACGGAGACCCGUGCCACCAUGACCAUGGCGCUGGCCGGUGACCUCAUCGCGGCCGGGCAGGACGCCUCCUGCCACAUCCUCAGCUUCCGCCUGCAGAAGCCCAGCGGGAAGAAAGCGGAGGCGGGGGCCGAAGGGGCUCCCGACAAAGCAGGUGGGGGCCGACCCCUGGAGAGAGGGGCAGAGGGGGAUCCGCUGGCGGGGCUGACGGUAGAGUUGGAAGGGAUCCCCAAGGGACAUCUAGUCCAACCGCCUGCCAGGCAGGAAUCGCAGCUCAAAGAUCCCGUUUGGUCUCUGUUUAUAAACCUCCAAGGAAGCAAAAUCGAUUCCAGGGGAGUCCAUUCUUACCGCCAGAAAGUUCUUUCUGAUAUUUCACCGGAAUCUCCUUUCUUGGUUUGGGUCCCUUCCGGAGCAGCGGAAUGCCAGCUUGCGGCCUCCUCCGUUGCAGUCUUGCUCCGUCUUCCCUGAGGGAAGGGGCAUGGUGGGCGGCGAGUGGGCAGAGUUGGCCACAGCCCUCAAUCUCUUCCGUUGCGCCCCCAGGUGCUGGCGACAAGGGCCCCCGCAGGCGCAAGGCCCCCACCCCCAGCGGGUCGGGCAGCAACGGCGGCAUGCGCAGCGAGACGAGCGAGGUGGCCGUGGAGACCCUGCACUGCGUCCAGACGGACACCAGCCCAGACGCCCUGCAGAAGGCCGUCUGCUUCAACCACGACCACACUCUCCUGGCCACGGGGGGCGUGGACGGCUUCUUGCGCGUCUGGGAGGUAAGGGGAGGGCGCCUGAACGGGUGCUGUGAUGGUGGGGAGGGCAAGAGGUGCCAGUGGUGCCAAAUAUCUCCUUUUUUCUGCAGUUCCCCAGCAUGAAGAAAUCCCUGGAGUUCCAGGCCCACAACGGGGAGAUUGAGGACAUAGCGCUGAGCCCAGACAACAAGGUGAGGGGGUGCUGGUCUGGUCCCUGGGGGUCUCUUAGGGGGCACCGCAGAAGCACCCGAGAUCCCCACCCUGUUGGUCCUUGGAAGAGUCACUCGCUUGCAAAGGGAAGAGGCGCCUUUGCUGUCUGGGAUCAGAGACCCAGAGAGAGCAGGAGGAGGGAGAUGGGCGAUGCCAAGGCAGGUGCCCUUGGGGUGCCCAUGGGGCCUGUGGGUUGUUCCUCUUGUGACUGUGCAGAGGGGUCUCCAGCAUAUGACUUCCUGGAGCAAGGGAGGGGGGCUCCAGAGACCCCCAGAAAGGCAAGUUGAGCAAUGGAUUUGACCAGUUCAUGGAGAAAAGGCCGGUUGGUGCCUCCUGGCUGUGCCCCCCGCCCCCGGCCAGUCGCAGCCAGCGAUGCUUCUGAACGCCAGUUUCUGGAAACCGCAGGAGGGUGGAGAGCUCAUGCGCUCAGAUCCUGCUCGCUGGGUUCCCAUGGGGACUUCCGAUCGGCUGCUAUGAGACCAGGAUGCAGGGCCAAAUCUAGCAGCCAGGCUCUUCAUGUGUCAAGGAAAUGAAGUGUGUUUUUUAUUUUGGUUGGGGAGGGCUUUGCAUCCUUGUCUCUCCUCGUCUCUCAGCCCAGGGGCUCAAAGCAAAUGGCCCCUUUUAAAAAGUGGGGCAGGCGAUGGGUCUGCGCUGCACAGCCAGGCCCAGGGAGCAAAAUGAAUGCGUGGUUCUGAGCCCGCGUGGUCCCCUCUGCCGUUGGGUCGCUAGGCCUUUUCCAGCCCUUCCUUGAGGCCAUUGGGCUUCCUGCAAAAUGCUCCCCCUGGGGCAGCGUACUGUGAAUAGGGGCCAAAGUCCCUGCUUGUGGAAAUGAAGCUCUGAGUUCCAAUCCAGACCUUCCAAGUCUCCCAAGGCUGGGUGCAGAAGGGAGCCAAGGCUGGAAGCAGCCAUCGCUUUGCCUUCCUUCUUCCUCCAGCAAGGAAAGCAGCGGACCCAGGAGGGGUGGUGGUGUUCCUGGGGUCCCUCCUCCUCCCUGAGCCCCGCCCUCUUGCCCCUCCGCAGGUGGUGACGGUGGGCCGGGACUUCCAGUGCUGCGUCUGGCAGCGGGACCAGAUGGUGACGGGGCUGCACUGGAACGAGAACCUCCCGGGCAUCCCGGAAAAGGCCUACCGCUACCAGGCCUGCAGGUAACGGGCUGGGCAGGUGGGCAGGUGGGCAGGCAGGGCCCUGCGUGGGCUGUCCGUCCCCUGACGCCUCCUCCCCCUUCUGGCGCAGGUUCGGGACGGUGGAAGACCAGGCUCAGGCGCUGCGUCUGUACACGGUGCAGAUCCCCCACAAGCGGGAGCGGCGCCCGCCCCCCUGCUACAUCACCAAGUGGGACGGGCACAGCUUCCUCCCGCUGCUCACCAGGCCCUGCGGCAACGAGGUCGUCUCCUGCCUCUCUGUCAGGUAGGGCCACGCCUCUCUUGCUUUCCUCCGGCACUGAGGGGCUCCACUCCCCUCCUCCCUGACCAUUGGCCUUGCUGGCCGCUGGGGGUUGGAAUCUGACGGUGCCGAAAGAGGGGCCGGACCCCUUGGCCGGCUGCUGGAGCAAGACUGAUACUGAAGCUCCCCGCUGCCUGCAAACCGCACCGUCUCGGGUCGAGCCCUUUCUCCUUUAAUCCCAGGUGGACGCUGUAGUUGAGAUUCCUGCCUUGCUGGGUUGGGCUAGAUAAUAAUAAUAAUAGUAAUAAUAGUAAUAAUAAUUUAUUUAUACCCCACCUAUCUGGCUAGGUCUCCCCAGCCACUCUGGGUGGCUCCCAACAGAAUAUUAAAAACACAAUAAAACAUCAAACGUUAAAAGCUUCCCUAAACAGGGCUGCCUUCAGAUGUCUUCUAAAAGUCUGGUAGUUGUUCUCUUUGACAUCUGGUGGGAGGGCGGGCGCCACCACUGAGAAGGCCCUCUACCUGGUUCCCUAUAACUUGGCUUCUUGUAGCGAGGGAACCGCCAGAAGGCCCUCGGAGCUGGACCUCAGUGUCCGGGCAGAAUGAUGGAGGUGGAGACGCUCCUUCAGGUAUACUGGACCGAGGACUCUCGGGGUCCCUUCCAACUCCACAAUGCCAUGAGAGGCCCAUUGGAAGUCCUCAGGGAGGGAGGCUGCCUUUCUUAGGAACCGUACAAUCACAGAACUGUAGGAUUGGAAGGGCCCCCCCGGGCCAUCUAGUCCAACCCCCUGCAAGGCAGGAACCACAGCUAAAGGGUCCCUGGUGGCUGGUCCUCCGACCUCUGCGUAAACACCUCCAGUGAGGGGUUCUUCAUGCGCUCUGGGGGCGAGAUGCGUCUGGCCUUGAAAGUAAAAGUGCUAAAAAACUUUUGACAUACUUGCCAAUUGCUGUUAGGCAAACAGAAGCGCAACCCAAGGAGACGUUGCGCAAUGCAGCCUGGCAGGCCUGGCGUCAAGAGCCCUUGCGACACGGCAAGCACCCACAACCCACGUUUGCUGUAGGUUAAAGGGAGUUUAUUUUAAUCUGCCUCCGGAUCAUGCAAAGAGCACCUGUCUGAAAACGCCAGAACAAUUUGCCUUGCGCGAUCUUCUCCCGAUUGAGGUCCAGCUUCUGUUUUUGCAUUUGCAGUGACUUUUGCCUCCCCGUGAUGUAAGAUUUCCAAAAAUGUGGUGCCAAUGCUCCUGUUCUCCUGUUUUGUUAAGUGUUUUAUGCCGCCUUUAUAUUUCCCGUGCAAUGGAAGCGAUACUAAUUACAUCUUUUGGUGUGGGGGUCCCCCCAAAACCUGCCUGCCUGGUUCUGAAGCUGACGCCUGUCUGUCUGUCUGUCUGUGCUUGCAGUGACACGGGCACAUUCCUGGGGCUGGGCACCGUCACGGGCUCCGUGGCCAUCUUCGUGGCCUUCUCCUUGCAGGUAGGCAACUUCCCGCUCCUUCCCAGGCAGCUCCUGGCCUCGUGGGCAGCCUGACACUGCUAGCCCAAGGGCAAGAGAGAGCCAGCAAAGGCCCUGGGCAGGUCCUGGACCACAGAGAGGGCUGGAGUCGAGCUGGGAGGGAUCCACCGUGCGGUGCUGGUGUCAAAAAAGAAAAGCCCCCCUAAGCCGGCUGGGCAGGGCUGGGGCUGAGCCUGAGGACAGGCACGCUGCAGGCGUGGCCAGCUGCUUCCCUCCAGGGGCUGGGGGCCUAAAUGGCAUCGGGGAACAAGUGCAGAUCCUGAGAGACCCAUCACUGUUCGAUCACCCCCCACUCCCUCUCUGGAAGACCUUCACGCGAGGCCUAGGACCCUGGUACCUACAGGACCGCCUCUCCCGGUCUGCCCCACAGAGGACCUUAAGGUCCAUAAAUAGCAACGCCCUAGAGGUCCCGGGCCCUAAGGAAGUUAGAUUAGCCUCAAGCAGAGGCAGGGCCUUUUCAGCACUGGCCCCGGCCUGGUGGAACGCUCUGCCUCAUGAGACCAGGCCCUGUGGGGUCUGAUUUCUUUCCGCAGGGCCUGUAAGACAGAGUUGUUCACCUGGCCUUUGGCUUGGAAUUAAUUUGAUUCCCGUUUCCAGUUUCCGGGCUCCGGUACAGGAGGGGAGAGGGGAGCUCUUGCGCUCAGAUCACCUUGGGGAAUAUGGUUGGCGACAGUGCGAACAGGGUGUGGGGCAUGACGGCCCUUGGCCUGACCCGGCCGGCUCUUCUUCUCUCCCGCAGAGGCUGUACUACGUGCGAGAGGCGCACGGCAUAGUGGUGACGGCGUUGGCUUUCCUGCCGGACACCCCUGACCUGCUCCAGGACAACGAGGCGGCCCUGCUCAGCGUGGCCGUGGACAGCCGCUGCCGCCUGCACCGCAUCCCUUGCCGACGUAGGUCGGGGUGGGGCCCCUGCCUUGCCAGCAGGGGGGCUUGGGGGUCCCCUCCCCUGCUUUGCUCACUCGUCUCCCCUCUCUCCUCGCAGGGAGCUUCCCCGUGUGGCUGAUGCUGCUCUUGUGCGCUGGACUCAUCGUGGCCUCGGUCCUGCUGCUCCAGCUGGCCUUCCCCGGCUUCCUCUAG